AUGUCCCCAAUCAAUGUUACCCAUUUCCGCCCUACUUUCUAUCUCAUUGGUUUCCCUGGUUUGGAGGCCAUUCAACAUUGGAUCCUUAUCCCCUUCUGUCUUAUGUAUUUGCUGGCCAUCUUGGGCAACUGCUUCAUCCUGUUCAUCAUUAAGACAAACACUCAACUUCAUACCCCCAUGUACUACCUCCUCUCACUGCUGGCCCUAAAUGACCUUGGCCUCUCAGUAUCCACACUGCCUACCACACUAGUCACCUUCUGGUUUGGUUCCCAGGACAUCUAUUUCGGUACCUGCCAGUUCCAGAUGUUUUGUAUCCAUUCCUUCUCCUUCAUGGAGUCUGCUGUGCUCCUUGUCAUGUCAUUUGACCGUUUUGUGGCCAUCUGUCGUCCAUUGCGGUACUCAGUCAUUGUUACAGGCCAGAGAGUGACUCGGGCUGGACUUGCCAUUAUUCUCAGGGGUCCUGUGGCUCUACUCCCCAUUGUCCUCCUCCUGCAAAAAUUUCCAUACUGUGGAAGGAGAAUCCUCUCUCACUCUUUUUGUCUACACCAAGAUGUGAUCCGCCUGGCCUGUGCAGACACUACCUUUAACAAUCUGUAUGGGCUGACAUUGGUGAUAUUCACUGUGGUUCUUGACUUGGUUUUCAUAGCCUUGUCUUAUGCACUCAUUCUGCACACUGUGAUGGGUCUGGCUUCCCGAGAAGAGCAACUACGGGCCUUCCAGACAUGCACCUCACAUCUCAGUGCUGUGUUGAUCUUCUUUGUGCCCAUGGUGGGGCUGUCUUUAGUACACCGUUUUGGAAAACAUGCUUCACCUGUUGUUCACCUCCUUAUGGCUAACAUCUACCUAUUCGUGCCUCCGAUGCUCAACCCCAUCAUCUAUAGUAUCAAGACCAAGGAGAUACGCCGGGCGAUUAUUAAACUCAUGGUACAACUAAAAUGA